GGAAAUUUGGUUUUGGAGGGGAGCGCCAGGACGCGGAAGUCGGAGCGCUACUCUUCCAAGCCGGCGUCGGCGUUGGCGAGCGGGGUGGGGGCUGCCGCCUGGGCGGCUCCGAGUGAGCCCUCGCCAGGGCUAUCGUGCCCAGUCUUGCAGGUAGGCGACGAGGGCGAGGGCCCCGAGCCUGACCGAGCGGGAGCUCCCGAUUCGGACGAGAAGGAAGGGGCCGCGAGAACUCAGGGGGGGCCCGUCCGGGAGUUUUGGGUCGGGUGAAAAGCAAGUUUCGGUGCCCGCGCUGCGAGUCCCGCGCUCGCCCGUGCUGGACGAGAAAAGCCAGCCUUCCUCGCGCUUACCGAUUCAGUCGCUUGUUGGCGGUAGAUUUAUUCUAUUUGAAUUGCCAGGGUCGAGCAUUCCCGUGCUGAACGUGGUUGGCCACGGCACUAGCUACCAACAGUGCUGCAUGUUGAGUGACGACACCUCGGCGUCCGUCUGGGAAGCUCUUUCUCGUUUUUGGGUCCGACCGUUCGGAAUGCCAGGCGUGAAUCUGUGUACCGGUGGAGCCGACUUCCAGGCGCCAUUGCCGCUUGCGGGGUUGCGAGCACGCCACGAAUUACCAGCCUGUCAUGGCCGCCAAUUCCCCCUCAUUACAACGGGAAGUGCGAGCGGCGCGGGGGAAUAGUUGAGGAUGCGAUGUCCCGAGUUGCCCUGUCGGCGGUGCCGACGAGUAAGGUCAAAGUCGACUUGCUCCUGUGUAAGGUCAUCUCGGGAAAGAACAGGACCUUUCACCUCGGGGGCUAUGGCCCUGGCCAUAUUGUUUUCGUGGAAACUCGAAGGACGCCGUGGACGGCAUCGGGGUAUAUGACCUCAGACACAGCGCGAUCGAUUCAGACGCUGCUACCGCUGCCUUUGCCAGAGCCCGCCAACUUAGGCUGGGGGCGGGUCGUGCUCUGGCCUCUCACGAUACGGCAGAAGCUGCCAGCGCCCGCUGCCGUGUAGAUAGGACUUGUCAGCCUGGGGAAAUGGGUGCGUGCUUGGAGAAAGGCCCGGGGAGGAGCUGCCAGCGUCGGAGGGUCGGCCGGCGGAAAGACAUUGGGGCGCGAGUCUGGCGCCCUCUGGCCAGUCCUCUACAGCUUCGAUCCCCUCCAGUCUCGGUCCCAAUCAGCUCGCGCCAGCCAGCUCCGGAGAGGAGAGCCAGUAGUUUCACGCAUGGUCGACGAGCGCGAGGGCGCUAGGGCGACGCCUCAGCCUCGCUCGUGGAUCGUCGCAUCCCGAGCAGGAGUGGGAGCCGAGGCGACCUCUUCUUUCUCGGCGACGCCGGCGGCCUCAGGCCGGCGAAUUUGAAUUCAUCCCUUGGCGACGAGCUCCUUUCGCGAGUUACUGCCAGCACGUUGCCCUCGGGCAUCCUAAUGACGUCUUCCGGGCGGUUUGCAGCGGACUCCGCUGCCGUGGCGAAUUCCGGAGGUCAUCGCGAG